AUGCCACCAUGUACCUACCGUAUUCUGUAUACUGUAUCAGCUUAUUACGACGAUUCCAAAGUCACUCUUCAAGCUACUGGAUAUGGGACUGAUUGUGAUCAGAUUUAUGAACUAGAUCUCAAUAUCGAUCCUCGCAAGCAACUCUUGCGAAGAACUAGCACAGGUCUUGGUGGCACAACUUGCUCCUUCUUCUUUAGAGAGGACGACAAUGACCAUCGGCUUUACGCUGGAAAUUUCUGGGCGCUAAAUGUCUCAUCUUUCAACGACGCUGCCAAAACUUGCCCUCAAAAGAAAUGCCAAAAUCCUUCGAUUACCGAUCCAAUAUUGAAGAAGCUUUGCAAUACAUCGUAUACUUGGGAUAUUGUACCUGAGUAUGACAUCUUCAAGGUAAAUAAGUAUGGAAACAUUGUACAACAGCUGACGGACCAUCCUGGAUAUGAUGCUGAAGCCGUUCUUAGCCCAGACGGUAAAACUAUAGUUUUCACCUCGAUUCGAUCUGGAGACUUAGAGUUAUGGUCCAUGAAUUCUGAUGGAACUAACCUCAACCAGAUCACCUACGAACUUGGUUACGAUGGUGGAGCUUUCUUUUCUCCGGAUGGUAAACGACUUGUGUUUCGCGCAAGUCGUCCAAGAACAUCAGAAGAUAUUGCCAAAUAUAAGAAAUUGCUCGAAUAUGAUCUGGUUGAGCCCGUUGCAAUGGAAUUAUUUGUUGUGGAUGUAGACGGCUCAAAUUUGAGACAGAUAACUAGUCUCGGUGGUGCAAGCUGGGCACCUUACUAUCUGAACGACAAUAAGCGGAUAGUAUUCAGUUCAAAUUACGGUGAUAGCGAAAAUGGCUUUGGAGCGUUCGCGUUGUAUGUGAUUAACGAUGAUGGGACAGGACUAGAAAGGCCAUUUUUUCAACUCAAAGUUAGUUCUGUUGCAAAUGUAAAGCGGUGUUUAGAUCACCUACGGAGACCAAUAUCAAUUUAA